AACGUUAAAAUGACGGAAGAGGUUAACUGGGAAGAAGAUUUGGAAAAUGACGCCGCGAUAGCAAACCUCGUCCAUCAUUUGAAUAUCCACAAACAACAUAUUGGGAAAUCAGAUCGUAAUUCUGAAGCACGGCCAUCAAAUGAAAGAGUGGACUUUGUUGCAUUGCCCUGUGAUCAUCGAAUGCCGACAGACUAUGUUGUUGCUUGCUUCAAGUAUUAUCUUAAACAGAAAGAGACUGAAUUUUCCUGCCCUCGUUUCGAUGAGGUUCAGAAGAAAUCUUGCGGUCGGAAGCUCUGUUAUCGGGACCUCUGUCAGCUGAUACCACUGACAGACAAACAAAGGGAAUUCUUAGAGGAGAAUCUCGCUGCCCUUGUUGCUAGAAGGCUGUUUGACAUUAAAGCUUGUCCAGGAUGUCAGUCUCAUGUGGAAAGACGAGAUCGAAGUAACCUGUGCGUAAACUGCACUAUCUGCACGGCCAACCUGAAACGGACUUACUUCUUCUGCUGGAACUGCUGCAGGCAAUGGAAAGGGCCGACCAAUAAUUCUGUGCGAUGUGAAAAUACUGGCUGUGGACAGAGAGUGAGAACCUCAGAUCCCCUUAUUCCAUGCAAUCCUGAGUUUAAAAUGAAAAUGCUUAAAAAACAGGGAGACGAUAUAUACCAGGUAAAAGACAAAGCCCAUGAGAGAAAACGUUUGGCACUGCUUAUCAACAAUGUAGAAUUUAAAAACUUAGAUGACAGGACUGGGGCAGACAAGGAUGAGCUGAGUAUGGAAGUGCUGCUUAAAGGUCUGGGUUACACUGUGAUCACACUCAGAGACCUCAGUGCACAGGGUAUGCUUGCUGCCAUGCGAGACUUCGCCCAGCGAGAGGAACACACUGAAUCGGACAGCUGCUUUGUGGUCUUGAUGUCCCAUGGAGAUGCCAAUGGAAUUUGUGGGGUUUUUGACUCUUUCGACAAUGAAGAGGAAGAGGACAUUUUUCCAACAGAUUACAUUUUUAAUAGCUUGAACACUCCGAACUGUGCUGGAUUGCGGGACAAGCCAAAAAUCAUCCUUAUCCAGGCGUGUAGGGGCGAUAAAGAAGGCAGUGUGGAUGUCCCGGACGCUGCGCCCAGACGCAGCAGAAGUAAAGAGCACCGUGAAACAGACUUCUGCUGCUUUAGAUCCUGUACUCCAGAUACUGUGUCCUACAGAAACAAAAAAAAAGGCUCAGAUUUCAUCCAAGACAUUGUGGAAAUAUUUAAUCAGCAUGCUCACCAGGAUGACAUCGAGGAACUCUUCAGAAAGGUCAUUAAGAAGUUUAAGACAACACAUCCAGAUCAAAUGCCAUGCAAAGAAAGAGCAACAUUAUCUAAGAAAUUCUUUCUCUUCCCUGGGCUGUAAGAUACAGCAACUACAACUUCUGUCAUCAUUAUUUUAGAAACAUGAUUUAUGCAUCUUUAAAUUGUCAUCUCAGGAGUUCCUGUUUAAAGAAAACAAGAAUUUAUUGGCCUUUGAAUGAGUUUGUGUGUUCAUAUAAUCCUUGAUUUUGAAAAUCAACAGAUUUAUCUUGUUUUCCAGCUUGAAACUUGACUUGAGCACCCCCAAACCCAAACCA